CUGUGAAUUCAGAUUUCUUUCAUCAACCAACAAAUCAUCAUUGAUAAAGGCAGUUGUUCUUAAAGUUUCAUCCCUUGCGUGUCUUGUAGAAUAAAAGUAACAUUUUGUUUAGGAUUUUUUGCCUAUCUUGUAUGUGGGUAUGCAUUUUCUUAUGGCCAUGGAUCUUCAAUGAUUGGUUGGACAUAUUUUGGGCUUGCUAAUAUACCCCUUCAGCUCUGCUCACACAUUUUUUUCCAAGGAACUUUUGCUGCAACUUGUACAACAAUAGUGUCGGGGGCAGUGGCAGAGAGAGUUAGUUUCCCAGGUUAUAUUCUCUUAUCAAUCAUCCUGACAGGGUUUAUUUAUCCAGUUCAAGCUCAUUGGGGUUGGAGCUCACAGGGAUGGCUGAAACAAACAGAGUUUCGUGACUAUGCUGGGUCUGGACUUGUACAUUUAUGCGGAGGAACUUUAGCUUUCUUUGGAGCUCUCAUACUCGGGCCUAGGGCGGGAAGGUUCAAAAGAGGUGCAGAGAACAAUUCUUUUCCUGGUCACUCCAUUCCUCAAACUCUGCUUGGUUCUUUGAUUCUUACUUUUGGAUUUUUGGCCUUCAAUGGCGGCUCCAGAGGCUCGAUAACUAAUCCAGGAGAUGGUGUAGCUGUUGCAAGAUCAGUAUUAAACACUAUAAUAUCCUGCUGUAUAGCUGGGCAACUGGUUCUUAUUAUUAAUCGUCUCAUUACAGGCUACUGGUCUCUUACUAAGAUGAUAAAUGGAAGUUUGACUGGUAUGGUUUGUAUUUGUGCGGGAGCAGAUAGAUAUUAUCCUUGGGCUGCUUCAAUAGUAGCAGGAUUCGCUGCAGUAUUUUACAUAUGCUGUUCUUUUCUCAUGGUAAAAAUAAAGAUUGAUGAUCCUUUGGACGCUAUAUCUGUCCAUUUUGUUGGAGGAUUAUGGGGUUUGAUUGCUGCUCCUAUAUUUAUGGAUACAGGCCUAUUGUACUCAGCUGAUGAAAAGGCUGUACUGGUUUUGGUUUGGAAUUUACUUGGAGCCGGGGUCAUUAUAGUUUAUAAUGGAAUUGCAGGGAUUAUAAUCUUUUCAAUUCUUAAGAAGAUUAACUUAUUCCGAACGUCGGCCGAGUGUGAGAUGGUUGGCUUAGAUUGGUUUUAUAGCAGAGAACCAGCAUAUCCUACAGGGGCUUACAAUAUUACAUCCAGGGACUUGAAAUCAGACUCAGAAAUAAUCACACAGCAGACUCAUGAAUAUCAACAUCAACCUUCCCAAUUCCUUCCUCCAGUACAGCAAUCAGAUAAUCUUUUCACUCCAGAUUCAGUCAACAUUGAUGAUGAUAUAUUUCUCAUUCAAUCCAAUAUGGAAAUUGAAUGUUAAACCAAGUUGAGAAAUUUUUUCAAUUAAAUCAUUGCGAUUAAUUUAACAAAUAUCAAAAUCUUAAACAUAUUUUUGGUAAAUUUUCAAAAUUAUCAACACAUUUUGAAGUUAGUCAAACAGACAAGUGUUAAGUAGAUAAAUGAAGAAAAGGUUAUUUUAUUGAGAGUGGAAUGUCCGAUGUCUGAUAUAGUAUUUAUUUGAUAUCAAUGUUUUUGUUUUUAAAACCUGACUAUUUUCAUUUGUGGUUUCUUUAAAAAUGUGAAUUGCGCAUUUCAUGCUUCUGAAACAAUAAAGAGCUUAAGUUUUGAUCCAUAUUGAUCAAAUUAAGGUUUCAAUGGUACCAAUGUAAAUCGGACAUGGGAUUUAUUUUCUAUUUUUAUAGAGCGUCACUUAAAUUCCGACGACAUUCAAUUUAAUAUGUAGGAAUUGUUCUGUAUAAAUGUAAAAUAAAAAAAA